AUGAUGAAAGUAACAUUGAAUACUUUGACUGAGCAACAAAAAAGAGAAUUGCGUCGUUUGAAUAAUAAAAAAGCUGCUCAACGAUGUAGAGAAAGAAAAGUUGCAAAGGUAAAAAAAUUAGAAUCUGAUGUUAACAAUAGAAAUGAAAUAAUUGAAUCAUUAAGAACUGAAAUACAAAAAUAUAAAUCAUCAUGUCAAUUAAUGAUAAAUUAUUUACUCUCACAAGGUGUUGAUCUCCGUUCUAUUGGUUUAUCUGAAGAUAUCAUAUAUGGUAGUAAUAUAUUAACACAACAUACCGGAGAAAUUAUUGUAAAUAAUGAAAUGCCAAUUGAUAAAAAUAUUGCCAAUAGUUCUUAUGAUCAAUCAUAUUCUAAUAUUAAACAAGAAUAUGUAAGUAGUAAUCAAAAUUAUGAAAAUAGUCAAUAUCAAUAUCAACAAGAAACAAUAGAUAUAUAUAAUCCAAUGGCAGGUAAAAAUAGUCAGAUGUCAACAAAUGAUUUUUAUGAUUCAAUGCCAAAUAGUUAUGAACAAGAAAUUGUAGAAAAUUAUAUGAAUUGUCAGAAAUCAAAUUAUGAUAUUGAUUAUAAAGUUUCAAAAAUUCAUAUUGAUGAUAUGGCAUCUAUAAAUCAAUCAUAUAGCGAGAAUAUGACUGAAAAUUUUACAAGACCACAAAAAUUUUCAAUGAUAUCUAGUAAAUAUAAAAUUGAAAGACCAUCUGGUUUUAAUUUUAAUAUGGAAAAUUUGACAAAUGAAAAGACUUAUCUACCUCUCGAUAUUGUAACACCGCAAAUGCCAUUGUUCAUGAAUGAAUCUUUGAUGAAUGAUUAUUUAGCUGCAGAAGUACAUACUUCACAUGUUAAUAGUAAUACCUGUAAUUAA